AUGCAAUCAGCGGCCGAUAAGUUUCUGGGCUCAUUAGAAGUUCUCACCCCUGAUCAGAUUAGAAUCCAGCUGAACGAAACAAAGGAAAAACUCCAGGACACCGAAUCAAUCCUUCUAGUCUUACACGAGGCCUUGGAAAAUAGCAAACAAUUACCAGAGGGCGGGGAGAAAGAUGUUCUUGUAAAAGAGUUACAAAAUAACAUCAAUCGGCAGAAGCUCCUUCUCGAACGCGAAUCGGCCAAACUAUCAGUUAAAGAGAAAUACAUGAAGGAUGUGAUGAAAGUGGAUAGAAAUGGUGGAAAUUCGACUGGUCCAUAA